AUUCACGCAUUGAUUCGUAUUCUUAUAUGUAUUCUGGAUAUUUGGAAAUGUGUAGAAAAAGGCAGGAAUGUCUCCAUUAUAGCCUGUGGUGAAAUUGAGAGUACCGGUGGACUGGACGCCUCAUUGGUUUCUGCAACUUCAACAGUAGAAGCAAGCGAUGUCGUCAGUUCAGUGGAACGACCUGCCCUGUGCUUGUGGCAGAGCAUUUUACGUGGCUGCUUAGCAACCGCUUUUAUCAACUAAGUGAAUGGAAUGGAAGCUGAAGACAGAUUUAUUUAGGCUUCUUCGUUUGGGAAUUUAACGCCUUUCACAUUGUCUGUCUGAUGUGUCCGCCUGUCUCCAAAUUCCAGUGGUGGCCAGUGUGAAAGUAGUUACAAUGUCCACCAGUAAAGAGCAGGCAGCAAUGAGGAAGGUAAAUGCUUUCCUCCAGGAAUGGGACCAGGGCAAUAACACAGUGCGCCGACGCAUGCUGACUGCUUUCCUGAAACAGAAUGUUGGCAAGACUUGCCCUGAGCUGGAGAUGGAAUUUGCACAGAUUGCCAGUCUGUUUUUGGUCCGGCUCACUUCAUGGAUUAAACUUACCUAUAUGUCUGGGACAUUUUUAGGGCUGAAGCUCAAAGCAGUGGGUGUGUUCCUGUCUGCAGUAAGCAAUCAUCGCUACUUAAUUGAGUUCAUCGAGGUUGGAGGAGUUCUAACACUUUUGGAAAUCCUGGGACUGGAAGACAUGAGUGAUGAGGAUAAAACAGAAGCUCUCCUCUUGCUAUUGAUAGUCUCAAAUGCUGGACAAAAAUUCAAAGAGCUUAUCUGCGAAUGUCACGGGGUAAAAGCUAUUGCUGAGUGUUUGGUGAAGUCAGAAGUGGAUAACACCCAGGAAACGGCCUGCAACCUUUUGGAGUCCCUGGCCCAUAGCAACCAGAGAUUUCAAGGCCAGGUGUACAAAGGCUUAGUGACCCUGCUGACCUGCAGCUCCCCCAAUGCCCAACAGCUUGUCCUGCAGACUCUCCACAUUGUACAGGAAAUUGUGAAGACAGCACAUCCAUGUGUUGUGGAACCUUUGUUGACAUUGCUGAAAUCUUUUCAUCUUGAAGUGCAAUAUGAGACUCUGCAGCUGAUCAGAGAUUUGAUCAAGUAUGACGUGAGAGAUGCGCUACUGAGAGGUCUGGUGGCCCUACUUAAACCUGCAAAAGAAAUUCAGAGGCAUAUAAUCAUUCAAGAAAUGGCUGAGAUAAAAGAAUUCUUGCCAGUGUUUGUUCAACAAGCAGCAGCAGCUAAAGCCAUAAGGAUUUUGUCUCAGGAGAGCCAGGAGCUGUCUCAGGACCUUCUUUCUCUUGGAGUAGUGCAACAUUUGCUGUAUGCCAUGGGUAAUAAGGAGCAUACAGACACUCAGCGACAGGCCAGCAUGGCCCUGGAGCUUUUUGUCCGCAUGAACCCAAUUGUGGAGGAGCAUGUAUGCAAAGUGAUGGGAAUUGCAUUGUUUGACUUAUUUAUGCAUAAUGCUGAGGCUUUUUACUUGAGGAUUGAUGAUAUUCAAGCAGAUAUACUCUUAUCAACCAGGGUGGGCAUCUCUCAAGUUACUGAUGAGACUGACUGCUGAAAGCCUUUUCUUCAUUUUUUUCAAGCCAGGGGUGUUCAGUCCUAUCCAAAAAGUGCCAGUAUGGAUUAAAUCUUGCUCCAACUCAACACUAAAAUGCAUCACUUGACCAAUAAAAUCAGUUAUUCAA